UCAGUGGGUGAGGCAGAGGGUCCAAUCGAUGGAUGCAGAACUAUUUUUUAAGAAAGCUGACCAGCCUUGGAGGCCGCGUGUUUUCUCUGCUCCUCCAAACGCUGCUGCGAGUGUGAAAUACGGCAGACGGCUGAGGAGACUCACAGAUGAGUUUGACAUUCUGCUCGAAAAAGGGAUGAAGAGGCUGUGUAACGGCAGGCCGGCACCACAGAUUUGGCGCUUCCCCAUGAGCUCAAGCUUCCUCUGGAGCCACGCAGAGUCUGACGCAGAGAGGAGGUCACACUAGCUUCCCCCAACACUGCAAACCAUGCAGCUUCUUCAGCUUCUGAAGCUCUUUCAAACAAGUUUAUUGAUGGCUUUUUUUGAUGUCUGAUUUCAGGUUGUCGACGAGAAAAUUGCAUAUACAUGGAUAAAUGACUCUCAAGCUAUUUCGUAAAGCAUAAAAAUACUGUAGUAUGUCUGCAGAUAUUUAGGAAACACGCUAAGCUCACAUAAUUGUGUUUCUGAAACACUGAAAAACAACGCUACAGCCAGUUAUUCUGCUUCGAAAUGUGCGUUC